UUGAACUUAAAAACGAUAGUUCAAUAAUUACACAUAAACCUGCUAACAGUGCAAGAUUAGUUUAGAUCUCAUCAUAAAGCAGUUGAUUCGUAUGACCGGAUGGUUCGUAGUGUUUGAAUUUGAUUUGAGUUUAAUUCAGCGAAUAGUCAGUCACACAGUAGAUAUCAAAUAAGCAACAAUCAUUCGUGCCUAACUUAAGCGUAAAUGAUGACCGAAACGCGAUCACCAAUGCUUGGAAAAGUGACGUCUAUGUAUAACCUGAUUGUGGAAGUGCUGCUCAUGAUGAUCGAUAUCAUCAAAGUGACGGCGAUGAGCCAAACGAUUUUCUACGGAAGACUUUUCCGUUUAGUUUUUCCAACGAGGCUUAAAAAUGUUUCUGGUCAACUCGUGGUGAUCACCGGUGGCGCUGGCGGCCUUGGGAGAGAGCUGGCUCUCCGGCUUGCAAGUCGAGGAUGCAACAUUGUCAUAGUGGAUGUGAAUUUGAAUUCUGCUGAGGAAACGUGCGAAGAAUUGCGUGAAAAAGGCAUUUCUGCCUAUGCGUACAAAGUGGAUGUGUCGUCAUACGAUGAGGUCCGAGCACUGAUGGAUACUAUUUACAGAAAAAUCGGCCCAGUAGACAUUCUGAUCAACAAUGCAGGGUUGAUACAUUUCAAGUUUCUGCAGGACAGCACUGUUGAAAAUAUUAACCAAUCAAUUGAUGUGAAUUUAAAAGGAUACAUUUGGACAACCAAAAUCCUCCUGGAAAAAAUGAAAGAAAGGAAACGUGGCCACAUUGUGGCCAUUUCUUCGCUGUCCGGUGUGCACGCUUUUCCCUGGGCUGUUGUCUACUCUGCAACUAAAUUUGCCGUCAACGGCUUCAUGCAAGCGAUAACUGAGCAGCUGCGUUUGGAAGGCUACGCUGACCAAAUUCAUACGACUUGCGUAUGCCCGUACUACAUUGCGACCCGAAAGGAUAUCGUCGACUUUCUGCAAAAACCUCGAUUCAAACUGCUUUCAACACAGUACACAGCACGUAAUGCAGUCGAAGCGAUUUUACGAAAUGAAUCAUUCGUAUCUGUACCACCAAUGUUCGACCUGGGUAUAAAGAUAAUGUAUUUGUUUCCACUAAGAAUACAACAAUUAGUCCGAGAUUAUGUCAUGAAAGAAUGUGAACUGCAUUCAUUACUAUGAAAAUGCGGUUGCCGGCUGUGCAUCGAAUAAACUAGAAUAAAAUAAUCAUGGCCUCAUGGAAAUCUACCUAGAGGUAGUUGCAUUGUAUUUUAAUUGGAAGUUGCCUCCGUCUUCUGAAUAAGUUGCAAUUUGAAUGUCAAAGCUCUGUCGACCGCCGCUGUCAGAUGCACUCGAAUGCACUUUCGUCAUUCGUUUGACAUAGUGCGUAAAUUUGAAUAAAUUACGGGUCUGUCUCAUUUGGAGAAUUAAAUCGAAAUUGACCUUAAAAGUGACAUUUUAAUAAUAAUUAUUGAAAUGUCACUUUUAAGUUUAAAUUCAGUUUAAUUCUCCAAAUGAGACAGAUCCUAAUAACGUUUGCUUAUUGGAACGGUGACAUGUUUCAAUUAGCAACUUUAUGUUGUGUACUUACUUUAAUAAUAAUAAUUUCUUAAGAAUCAUGCGAUAGAAUAUUAACAAUGUUAUGACGAAUAAAUACAUCAUGAAAUGAAACCAUUGUUGAUUACUUAGUACUUUUAUCGGUUCCAGUGAAGACAUCAAUCUUUGUGAUUCAUACUACCAUUUUUGUCUUCAUUUCUGGGAACACGAACACGUUUCCUAAAACACGAGUAAAGCUCAACUGGUGUACAUUUGCAUGCUCUUUCUUGAUGAUCGCUGUUCACUAAAUAUAAGAGCUAUUUAUUACCAUAAACUUACACACUAUGCCCAGGGAGUCAAGAAUGCUUCUCAUUCGAAAACAUCCUGGACCGGACCAAGAAUCGAACUCACCAUCUCCAGAUAGGCAAGGACUGGACCCAGAGAGACUAACUGGAGACUGGAAAUCCAGAAAAAAGGCAUUUGACCGAAAACCACAACACAAGUUCAAAAGUUGUUUGGCCGGCUAUGCCAUUUGGCCACAUAUACCACUAGACCGAAAUCAUCUCGGCGAAAAUGUCAUUUGGUCGAAAUGGGCAUAUGUCCGACAACGUUGUUCGGAAAAAAAUCAUUUGGCCGCGCGGGUAGAUAUUUUUGACUAUAUGAUUCAACAAAUGACAUUUUCGGCCAUAUGACCCGUUCGGCCAAAUGGUCCUUCCUGCUUAAGGACUUUUCGGUCAAACGACAUUUUCGGACAAACGAUCUGUUAGGGCGAAGACAUUUUUGGCGGCUUCUGGCCUGAUGUCAAACCAAUUUCGACCCGUUUCGACCGAAUAGAAUUUGGAUAGAUAACGUUCGACUUAACGUGCUAUUCGGUCAAGUUGCACUCAAGCAAAUGGUUAUCCGCGGAAUUACUUUAGGCAAAACGAUGGGGGUGUCAGGCCAUUUGGCCAAAGGUCAUUAGGCCGAAUUAGCAAAAAGAAGCAAAAAGUGAAACAUGAGUAGUUCUUUCUUCACCUUACCCCUUCUUCCUUCUUCUAUCUGUUUUCUUCUUUCUUCC